AGAUAAAAUAUUUUAUAUUGAGUGUCAAAGACUGAAUGUUUGUAGCUUAAAAUCAGGUCCUAGAAAAUUGUCAAAUCAAUAACUGUGUUCUCUAACACUGACAGUUUAAAAGCUGAAACACAGCAUCCAGCAACACGUGAAAUCAGAAUGAACAGAAGAAAGUUGGCGACUAGUCGAAGAAGUAAAGGGAAUCAGCGUGUAAAUGAAAAAACACAGCCAGAUGUUGAAUCUAGAGAGAGUGUUCAGGAUGAGGCCAGGGGUAAUGAACAUCCAGAAACACAUGCGUCUGCAACAAAGCAGCCUAAAGUGCAGGAAGAAGUAGCUCAAGAGAGUGAGCGUGACAUGACUGCGCCACAAGCUGCCUUCUUGGUCUCUGCCGCUACAGAUGAGUACUCUGAAGAUAAAACUGGCAUAUCAUGCCCAGAAGAAGUCCAACACAUUUCAGACUCCAAAGAAGUCAGUAUGCAACUUUUUAAAGAUGAGACCAAGCUGGAAGUCAUUGAGAGUAGCAACACUCUUCAAAGUGAGGAAGUCAAUGAAAAUCUGCAUGACCGUCUCCCUGAGCUAACCAGUGUAAGUGAUUCUGCAUCAGAUCAACAGAUGAUCAGCAAACAGGCAGAAGAUUUUAAUCUGUGUUCUGUGGCUGAAUUAAACAGCAGCAAACUAGAUGACUCAGGCUUGUUCAGACAAGAUGGGCGUUCACAGGGCAACUUUUCAGCAUGUGAGUCACGUGUUAAUACAUCUAUCACGCCUCAGAUUACUGCAGAUAACGCCUUCAGAGAAAACGUCAAAAUUAAUGAUGGUGUCAAACAAGAAACAUUUUUAUUUCAAACAGAGGAGUUGCCUGCAAGUAAAGAUGAUAAACACUGUACACCUAAAGUCAGAGAUGCCAAGCUUUCACAGGAGGUUGAAGACAAACAGUUGACACAAGAGCAAGUCGAGCAUGAAAAGGGUAACGCCACUGAAGAUCUACUGUAUGACCACAAAGAUUACAGUGCUUACUUUGAAAACCAGAAAUCUGAAUCUGAUAGUUACCAAAGUUUGUUUCUGGUGAAAAGCACUGCAGUCAAACAGGAUGUUUUGAAUGCAUCAAAAGAAACUUCUUUGGACCAGAUGGAUCAGAGUGGCAGUCUUGUGGAGGAUAAAACACAAACUCUUCCAUCAGUCUUUAAGGCUGCUACAGAGACUCGGCUUCACAACAGCUCUCUGACCACGGAUGACCAUACCAAGGCGGCCUUCAGCUCUGGUGCUACUAAAAGAAAAUUCGGUUCUAGUCGUAAAAAUAAAGGAAGACACGUUAAAGACUCUGAAGAGGACAUUUUAGAAAAUACUCUGAACAAUGAAUCUCUUGAAACACCAACUGUAUUGUCAGAAAUACAGGAGAGAGGGAAUGAAGUAGUGAGUGAUGUCACUACUGCUGACACAAUCUUGUCUCUUUCAAAUAGAGGCUCAGUCUGUUUGCUACCACCACAUGAUCUUUCUUCUGAAUAUCCUGAGCCAGACACAUGUAGUUUGAUAUUAACAAGUGAAAGUCUUGAAAAAGGUCAAGACAAAAUAAAUUCUUUAAAUAAUUUGGAUGAAAUGUCUGAAAACUGUCAUGUAUCCCAGCAUGAGGUGGAUCACUCUGACAUUCUUCACAGUGAGGAGCCCAUAGAUUCUCUUUCAGAGGAUGAUCCAACAAAUCUGCAAGAAAUCCUGCAAAUUCAACAGUCAUCUGAAAUUAUUCUAGGUUAUGUUGCAGAACAUUUUGAAAGCAUUUCUGAAAACCUGAAUGACCGACCUGAAAUGUCUGAGUCUGCUGGGAAAAGCACUGAUAAUGUUACCACCAAACAGCAAGAGCAUCAAACAGAGAAAAACAUCUUGGAAUAUACGCACAGAGUAGAACAGAAAAAUGAAAGUUAUGAUUUAUGUGAUGCAAAUUCUUCACAAAUCAGUAACUUGGAAAAGUCAAACUCUACUCCUACUCAGGUUUAUGAGUCUACAAUAGGAGUAGAGGAUGAUAUAAAACUUGCUGCAGACCAAAUGUAUCACCAGGAGAAAGGACUCUAUGAAAUAGGAGAGGAAAACCCUGUUUUGUUUGACUCACAGCCUCAAGAAACCUCUGGGAUUGUAGAUGAGCAAUCCAACAGAGAGAAACUGAGAUCUGGCCAUAAAAGUGGGGGAAAACAAGAUAAAGACUCUAAAGAAGAGGUUAAAGAAAAGACCAGUGAUGAAGAAACCACACAGAUUUUAGAUACUGAGAUAAGUAGCCAAGAAGAACUGAAGCUAGACAUUUGGCCAGUGUCAUAUGACAGCCCAAUUCUUUCAGUCUUAGCUUCUGGCCAUUCCUUAGAGGAUCCAGAGAGUUUGAUUCCAGGAAGUGUAAAUAUUCCAGAAAGUCAGGAAAACUCAGAAACAGACAUCAAUAUGGAUUUAUCUGAUAAAUCAUGGGGAGAGACUUUGGGGCGUCAUUCUGACACUCAUAAGAGUAAAUCAGGGAGUCUUCAGACUAAGGAAGUCCCUGAUUCAGAUGUUGAUAUGAGAAAAGGUCAAGAACCUGUGGCACUACAAGAAUCAGAACCUCAGCAAAUAGAUUACACUGUUGCUGGUCAGGUGGAGAAAGCUGGAGUCUUUGUGGAAAAUACCAAACACGAUCCUUCUGACCCUGAACUUCAGGACAUUUCUCUGAGCACAAAUGAACGAACUGACCCUGGCUUCAGCGGGAGCAGAAGAAAACUGGGGUCAAGCCGGAAAGAAAAAGGAAGACAACAGGGUGAAAUACCUAGACAGGAAGUUUUAGAAAGUACAAGAGAUGAUGAAAUACACGAGAGACCAACAAUGUUAAUGCAGGAAGAAAUAACUGCAGACGGUGAACCCAGGACUACCACUUCAGUUUCAAAUAACUCAUCGUUUCCAAAUUCUCCAAUUGAUCAAUCUUUUGAGGAGCUGAGCUGUGUGCCAACAAAAUACUCUCCAACUGAUAUGGAGGAUAUAAGUUUGAACAGUGAAAAUUUUCUGAAAAAUCAAAAUGAAAGCAAGCUAGACACUGAAAAUGCAAUGGAUGUCUCUCGGCGAGCCAUGGGUGAAUUUGAGAACAAUUUAGAUGCUGUUGCAGGACAUAAAGAAAUGGAUGAUGAACAUUCAGAUGAUACUGUAAAACAAGAUCAGGAAAAUGAGGACCCAUUAAAAGACUUAGAAGGAAAUCUGGAAUUGGAUUACAAAUCUGAGAUCGUGGCACAUGAUAUUCCUAAAUAUCCAGAAACAGUUUUGGGAGGCUUGAUUGACCAAGCUAAAGUCACCAGCAAUAUUCAUUCAGAGCUCACUGUGAAAAGUACAGAGGAUUCUGCUACCAAACACGAACUUAUGCUUAUUGAAGAUCAACAAAACACGUGUUUCAUAGCAGAAGGAAAUGUGGAGGCUUUAGAUCAGACAAAUCAGGAUGGCCACCUCUAUGAUUCAAAGAAAACUUUGAUCAGCAGUCUACUUGGAAUAACCACUAACCUUGGUCAGAUGAAUACAGGAGGCAGUGAACCCAACCCUACUGACACUGAUCUUCAGGACACUUCUCUGACCACAAAUGAGCAAAUUGAUGCUGACUUUAGCUUCAAAGGGAACAAAAGAAAACUUGGUUCUAGUCGUAGAAAAAAAGGAAGACAAGAUGUUAAAGAAUCCAAACAGGAAGUUUCAGAAAAUAAUGGAGGAGGAAAAGCCACUGAUACAUCACCAGUGUUGUUGAAAGUAAAGAUGCCUGAGCAGGAAGAACUAAGUAAAGCCAGUGAGGAGGAAAUGUUUUGGUCACAUAGCACCUCCAUGUCACAUGUUCUUUCUUCUGAGGAUCAAACCUCUGAGGUAACAGAAGGGCCCGGCAAAAACUUGGAAGGUUUCAUUAUCAAAUGUGAAAAUCAUCAAGAGGAUGUAGAUAAAAGACAUUUUAAUGUUUUGGUUCAAGAUGGGAAACAAUCAGAGGAUUUAUCAUCGAGUCAAUAUAAAGCUGAAGAUACUAGAGAUGCUGGUUUAGAGGACAUUAUGGUGGGACACCCAGAAGAAGUUCAUUCAAUAACAAUGCAAGAGAGUCUUCAAAUGGGAUAUUAUUCUGAAACUUCAACUAAUAUUCAUAAAUCAUUUGGCAUUAUGUCUGAAAACCUGACUGAACAAAAUGAAAGGUCUCAGUUUACAGUAAAAGGUAAUGAUGAUAUGACAGAAAAACUGGAAGAAUGUCCUAUAGAAGAAAUGAUCUCAGAGACUCUAGAUCUGAAAAGUGGAGAAAUAGAACAGGAUGACACAAAACCCAAUGUUGAUCAAAUAUCUCACCAGGAGAAGGGAGGAAUGUUCUGUGAAAUGGAGGAAAACAAACCUGUUUUGUCAAACUUUCAAAUCGAAACAAUUUCUUUGGAUCCCAAGCUUCAGGAAUCGUCUGAGAGCACAGAAGAGCAAAUUAACACAGACUUCUCCAGCAGUGCCAGCAGACGAAAAUUGGGAUCCAGUCGUAAAGGUAAAGCAAGAAGACAAGUUAACGAAUUUAAAGAUGAGGUCAAUGAAAAGACCACUGUAGAUGAAGUAGAUGAAACCCACAGAACAACACAGAUCUCAUUAGAUACAGAGGCAAUCAGCCAUGAAGAAAAAAGUCAAGACAUGGAGCAGGAUGCAACCUUAUUGGUUUCUAAUGACAACUCAUUUUCAAUGUUUGCUUGUUGUGAUUCAUCUGAAGUUCAAGACCCAAUACAAAAGAACCAUCCUGAGGUUGAACUGGACAGUUUAAUUCAAGGAAUUGUAAAUUGUCCAGAGAAUCAAAAGCAGAGUAAAGACAAGACGCUUCAGAAUGAAGAAGUCAUGAGCCCUGAACAUUCAGAUAAUGCUGUAGUAAAAGCUCAUGAACAUGGCAACACACCAACAGACAUAGAAAGAAGUCUGCAAAUGGAUUCACCAUCUGAAACUGUGACACCUGAUGUUCACACUCACAGCUCAAUGUUUGCUCCUGGGCAUUCAUCUGAAUUUCAAAGCUCUAUGGGAAACAACCAUCCUGAGGCUGAUCUGAAAAGCUUAAUUCAAAAAAGUAAGCCAGGUGAUCAUGAUGGAUUGGAUUUAUCUGAUAAUUCUGAGGAAGUUUCUUUAUUGGAUAAAUCUGACUUUCUGCAGUGUAAAGACAGGGCUCUUCAGAAUAAAGUAAUUGGUGGUGAGCUUUCAGAUAAGGCUGCAAAACUUACUCAGGAAAAUGAGGAUCUUCCAACAAACACAGAAGGAAAUCUGGAAAUGGAUUACACACCUGUGGCACAUGGUGUUCCUAAAUAUCCAGAAACUGCUUUGAAAGGAGUGACUGACCAAGCUGAAAUCAGCAGUAAAAUUCAUUCAGAGCUCACAUUGAAACAUACAGCGGAUUCUGGUACAGAACAGGAACUAGUACCUGCUGAAGUCCAACAAAACUUGUGUUCCACAACUGAAAGAAAUCCAGAGGCUUUAAAUCAGACAAGUAAGGAUGACCACCUGUAUGACUCAAAUGAAACAUCAAUUAGUGGCCCAAUUGGAGUAAACACCACCCUUGGUUACACGGAUGAAGGUGGGACCCUUGAAGAAGGUAGUGAACUCAGCUAUAAUGUUCAGGACAGUUCUGUCAGCACAAAUGAAACAACAAAUGAUGGCUUCAGCUUCAAUGAGCACAGAAGAAAACUGGGGUCCAGUCGUAGAAACAAGGGAAGACCAGGUUUCCAAGAAUCCAAGCAGGAAAUUUUUGAAAAUCACAGAAGCGAUGAAACUCCCCAGCCCUCAACAAUAUCAGUAGAAACAAGGGGAUCAGAGCUUGAAGAGCUGAGUGAAGAUAUUGAACAUAAAAUUAUCCUGUCUCUUUCAAAAGACUUGUCUUCGGUAUCACCACACGUUCUUUCUUCUGAGAAUCAGAUCUCUGUGUUAAAAAAUGACCCUGAUACAAACCCGCAGAUUUUAAUCCUUAAAAAUGAACAUUUUGUAGACAAAGGUGAAAGAAAGUUGGAGACAGAAGUUGAAAUGAUCGAGAAAUCAAUGAAUGUUCCACAUCAAGAGGAGGGUCAGUGUGACACAGUUCACAGCGAAGACACCAGAGAUGCUGAACCAGAGGAUGCUCUUAGGGAAGUGGAGAAAAUCGAGUUUCACCCAACACAGAUGCAAGAUAGUUUUCACACUGAAUAUUCUGAAACUGUUGUUGGUGAUGUUUCAGAAAAUGAGGAAGUUAUCCCCGAAAACCUGUCUGAUCAAACUGGAAUGUCUGAGCUCACUGUGAAAGCAACUAACGAUUCUGCAACAAAAGAGGAAGCAAAUUCUGCAAAGAAAACUUACACAGAGAACUUAGAUGUGAAAAAUGAAGAUUCUGGAGUGUUUGAUAGCAAUAAACCACAUGUCAUUGACUUAGAAAAAACAAACUCUGUUCCAUAUGAGAUGAGUGAGUUCGAAGGGAGAGUAUCUGAUGAUACAAAACCUAAUCCUGGUUUUGUAGUUAAUCCUGGAAAGGAAGGACUUUGUGAAAUGAAAGAGAACCGCUCUGCUCAAACAGAUAUGGUUUCUUUUGACUCCCAGUCUCAUGAAUCUUCUCAGAAUGUUGAUGAACAAUUGAACAAGGGCAUUUAUAACGCUAGCAACAGACAAAAACUGGGUUCCAGUCGAAAAAUUAAAGAAAGACACCAAGAUAAAGAGUCUAGAGAAGAGGAUAAAGGAAAUACAUGGGGGGAUGAAAACCUGAGCAUAUCUGAAACAAAAAUGGCAUGUGAGGAAUUAGAGCAAGACCUUUUGUCACCUGACAGCUCAGGGGUUGCUCCUGGCAAUUCAUCUGAUGUUAAAAGCUCACUGUUAAACAACUACUCUGAAACUGACUUAAAGAGUUUAAUUCAAGAAAGCCACUCAGAAGUUCAAGAUGAAUCAGAAACAGGUAAUGUUAAGUUAUCUCAUAAAUCAGAAGAAGACACUUUAUUGGAUAAAUCUGAUGUACAAGAAAGCAAUGAUCAGACUCUUCAGAGUAAAGUUGCGGGUCCAGGAUGUUCAGAUGAUGUUGAAAAACAAGCUGAGGAACAUGAGAACUUGCCAGCAGACAUAGAAGUAUGUCUGCAAAAGGAUUACACAUCUGAAACUGUUGCACAUGAUAUUUUCACAUAUCCAGAGAGUGAAUUGGGAAAUACGAUUGACCAAGCUGAAAUCAUCAACCAUGGCCAGUCAGAUCUCACCACAGAGAAUUAUGCUUAUUCUAAUACCAAAGAGAAACUUCUACCUGCUGAAGGGCAACAAAACCUGUGUUUCACAACACAAGGAAAUUUGGAGGCUUUAGAUCAGACAAGUAAGGAUGAGCACAUUUUUGAUUCAAAGGAAACAUCGAUCAGCAGCCUAGUCAACAGUACUCUGAGCCAGAUUCUUGUGGAGAGUACUAUGCAAAAUCCUAAAGAGACCAAAUAUCAGGAUAAUUCUCUGACCACAGAUGAGCAAACUGAUGCUGGCUUACAUGGGAACAGAAGAAAGCUGGGGUCCAGCCGGAGAAAAAAGGGAAGACAACAGGGUAAAGAAUCUCAAGAGGAAGUUUUGGAAAAUACAAGCUGUGAUAAAACUUUUGAAAUGCCUAUAAUGUCACUAGAAACUACGACAGUAGAGCAAGAACAGAGAGAAGAAACUAAGCAUGAAAUUAUCUUGUCUGUUUCACAUGACAGCUCCAUGUCUUUAAUUCACCCAGUUAUUUCUUAUGAUCAGAGCACCUCAGUGCCAACAAAUCAUCCUGAUGAAGAUGUGCAAAGUUUAACUCUGGACAAUGAAAAUCUUCAUGAAGAUGCAGAUGACAGAAAAUCUGAUGUUUCGGCUUCAGAUGAGGCAAAACAAAAUGUUUUUCAUGGAGACCCCAGAAAUGCUGUUUCAGAAAAUGUGCAUGAAGAAGUUCAUUCAAUACAAAUUCAAGACAGUGUGCAAACUGAUUCAGAUAAAACGUUUGCAGAUGAUGCUACAGAGAAUGUUGACAUUCUUUCCAGAGCUGUUACUGAUAAAAAUGAAGAAUCUGAGAUCAACGUGAACCGUAUUAAUAAUAUUCCAUCAACACAGGAAGCCUGCCCUUCAAAAGAACUCAUCUCAGCAGCUCCAGUUGUGAAAAAUGAAGAAACAAUCCAGCAGGACGUACAACCCAACACUGAUCAUAUAGUUAAUCAGAACAAUGAGGGACUCGUCCUUCAAAUGGAGGAAAACAAAUUUGCUAUGUCAAACUUGCAGUCAGAAAAUGUUUCAUCAGGUUCCCAUCUUCUGGAGUCCUCUGAGCAUGGAGAAGAACAGACAAAAAAGGAUUUCCACAGCAGAAGAAAACUAGGAUCCAGUCGUAGAAAUAAAGGCAGGGGUAAUGCAAAAGAUAUAGGUCAACCUAUAACAGAGGUUGACUUCAAUGCAAGUAUGAAUGAACUUGGUGAAAAAACAACAGAGGCAGUAGCACAGGACCAGGAAGCUUUAAUGGGAAUUGUGUUGGAUAAAACAGAAAGUGACUCUUCUCAGACCAACGAUGCAAAUAUAAGCACUUCUUUUUGCAUGGCUGCAGGCAUGCAGCUAUCACCCAUUGUUGAUCAAGAGGACAGUGACACAUCAUGUUGCAUGCAGAUUACAGAUAGGGAACUACUCAAACACCACAGCAGAGAUCAUGAUGAAUACAGAGAGCUGCAGGAUGGAAAUUUACAGGAAAGCACAUCAUUGCCUGAACCACAUGCAGGUCCUCCCCCAGCCGAAUUGCAUGCAGAACUGAACAGCAGCUGUGAACAUACAGAACCCGAAAGUGGGGAUGGGGAUACUUUCAAGAAAGCUUUUGAACAGGAGACCGAGCCUGAACAGAACCAAACAAUGCUUGAAGCAGCUGAAAAAGAGAGAGAUUAUAUUACAGAAUGUCCUGAGGCACUUUCCAGAAACGUGUUCAGUGAAAAUGAAAAGAAUGCAAUGAAUGAGAAAACUGAAAUAUUGCAGCCAGUCAAAAAUGUUCAAAGUGAACAGCUCAGUGAAUCACCAGAAAGAACCACAGAAAAAGGGAGCAGCGUGCAAAAUGCUCAAGCUGUGUAUUGCAUUGAGCAAGUUGCUGUUUCAUCGCCACAAGAAAUGUUUAAUACUGAUGGGGAAGAGCAUCAACACAUCAUUUUGUCUAGGGCUGCAGAAACUCAUGAUCUACUUGAUAUUCACAGUAAAGAACAGAAAGAGCAGAUUAAAACAGGGCAUAUGCAGGACAUGCAUCAGAUCUCAUUUCCAAAUGACAAGUCUCUCAGAGAAACAAUGCAGUCAGAUAAAGAUGUUACUUUGGACUCUCAUCCUGAAGACAAUUAUCAAGACCUCACAGAUAACGCUCACCCAGGCUUCAAAGCAUCAGGAAACAGAAGAAAACUAGGGUCAAGUCGGAGAACUAAAGGAAGAAAACAUGGCCAGGUUAAUGAGCAAAACCAAGAAAACAAAGACGAAGCUUUAGAAAACACAGGCGAUGAUGAAACAACAACAUUAGCUGGAAGACAGGAAGAAUUAGAAAACUUCAUACUGCCGAAAAUUUUACCAACAUUUAGCUCACCUGUGACAGAAAAGCUGCUGGAGGAAAACACAGUUUCUUCUCAUGAUGUUUUGGAGGACAGUACAAUUGCAAAAUCAGAUUUUACUUCAAACUCAAACCAAGAAAAUUCAAUAAAAUCCAAUGUAGAAACAAAAGAAAAAGAUGCAAAAUGUAUUGAUGAGGCUGAGGAUUGGACUCAGCUUACAGGACAUGACACAAACAAAACGGGUUUGAUGCAAUCAGGCCAAGACUCUGUGUUGAGCAGUGACUCAGAUAUGCAGAGUAUCUUAUUUAUCAGCCCAAAGUCAAAAAGUGUUUGUGUCAUCGAUCAAGAAGAAGCCUUACAAAGACAAAAGAUAGAAGCUUUAUCUUGUGAAAGAGACCCGUUGGGAGCCGAAGUCCAUUUGAAAGAGACAAACAAAGAGAUCGAAACAGCUGGAUUUAUAACAACAGAAGUCUGCAGCUCACAGGUGGAAAGCUCAAUGGAUUUGCAAAAUCCUAUAAAGGAUGACGUGGAAGGGAAAUAUAUGAAUGCCAGAAAGCAGGAAAAUACUUCAAAUGAGUUCGUUUCUGCUUCGCAGGAGCCAGCUAUGGAUGCAUCGCACCAAGGGGGGAUUUCUACAACAAUAAACCCAAUGGAGAGCCAAGGAGAAAAACCUCAAGAAACAUCAAAACAGAAGAAGAGAAAGAUUGGGUCUUCUCGCAGGACUCCGCUGAACAGAAAACGAGAUGGUGAGAGACAUGAGAGAGACGAGGCAGAAGAAAGCGACUAUCGCGCAAAAGCUGAGAUGACGAAUCCUGGCGAGAUGGAGGUUGAGGGGAAAGUACUGGUAAAUAAAGAAGUGCUACAAGGUAAAGAUGUGCAACCACAACAAGAAGCUUCAUUGCAACAAGAAACUCUAGAAACUGAAACUGGCGAUAGCCUACAAAGCAGUAACAUGAGCCUGGCUUUCCCUCCUGAACAAUCUGCCACCAUAGAUAUUAUUUUAGAAACACCAAAACCAGAUGAUUUUACCAACAUUCAGACCCAAAUAUGCUCUGAGGAUACAGAAAGAAACAGGAGCUCAUUAAAUCAGCCAGUGUCUUCAAACACUGGCACCCCAGGAGGGAGCUUGAAGGGUACACAAGGUGAUGAGCGCAGUCCUGAGAGCAUCAAGGUAAGCCAAGACCAAGAUGUUCAAGAGCAAAUGCCAAGUAGCGUGACUGAAAGCAUUCAUUGUCAAAAUCCUGGAGCGAGGAAUGAAAAUCUGGAUUCGACUCCAACCAACAGGAGAAGAAAAAUGGGCUCUACUCGUAAAAAUCUAGGAACACGGACCAAAGAGGAAAUCCUAGAACCAGAAAAGGAAUCCACAGAUACUGUAUUGUCUUCUGGAGAUGUAACCGUGGCAAGUGUCUCAGAAAAGAAAGAAACAGAACUACACCUUCACACAGAACACACAGACGUCAACACUGAUCAAGAAAAACAGAAAGAAGCUGCGGAAAUCAGCCAAUUUGGUGAGUCUUUACUAAGAGCUCUGGCUGAGGAGGAGAAGGCUGAAGAAUCUUCAAUCUCACAAACCCAAACAGCAGAAACAAGUGGACUUUCAUCCAGCCCUUCCAAUGACGGCACAUCAGGGAGGCGGAAAAAAUUUGGAUCAAAUCGGAAGUCAGGGUUACAACGAAAACCCGACCAAAAUGCACAAAAUGAAGAUGAAGCUGGAGGACUGAUAGAGGGAAGUGCUCUCAAAGCAGCUGAAAGAGAAGAAUCAUCGGGGCUGAGGAAAAUAUCAGAGGUUGAUGAAAAUGGGCAGAAACCAUCUUCCAGCGCCGAUAUUUUAGAAGCUACAGGGUCAUCAAAAUCUAUGAGGGACAAGACACCAGAGAAACCUGUCCACCGUAAUAUCCGCUUGGAUCAAGAGAGUGGGAGUCAGCUUUCUUUUGGUGCUGCUAGUGGCGCAGAUAAAUCAGAGGGCUACAACGUGGUGAUGAUUGGAGAGAGCUGUGUUGGAAAGACUUCUUUCAUGAAAAGAGCUCAGAGCGGGAAGUUUUUUUUGGACAUUCCUGCCUCUGUUGGCCUUGAUUCCUGCAAGUGGACUGUGGUAGUAGAUGGAAAACCUGUGGUUCUACAGUUAUGGGAUACAGCAGGUCAGGAAAGGUUUCACAGCAUCACCCGACAAGUGUUCCACAAAGCCCAGGCUUUUCUCUUGAUGUAUGACAUCACUUCCUCUCAAAGUUUUUCAGCAGUCAGCUAUUGGGCUAACUCCAUUCAGGAAGCUGCUGCCGAAGACGUGACUGUUUUGCUCCUGGGAAACAAAAGCGAACACGCAAAGCGACAAGUUAAAACGGAGCAGGGUGACAUCCUUGCUAAGGAAUAUAACUUUGAAUUCAUGGAGUGCAGCGCUGCCACAGGUGAAAAUGUGAUAGAGGCUUUGGAGGCAGUGGCCAGGAUGCUGAGUCAGAGAGCUGACCUGCUGGGAGAGGAAGUCACCGUUUUACACAAAGAGCCAACGCAGAGGAAGAGCUCAAAAUGUUGCUGAACAAAUGUGUUGGUUUCACAAACAAAGCAAGAAGUGAUGACCUGCAAAUACUGGAGAUAGUUUCCUGAGUAGACUGUACCUAACAAGAUGAAUAUAAAGUUGCUAGAACUUAAUUUCUUUCUUAUAAUUCCUUGUAUUAUGUGGAAUGGGGAUUUUCUUGUGAAACAAAACCAAAGAAAAGCCAGUAAUGGGCUUUCGAAUGUGGUGUUUCUAUAUUUUUAUAACUCAGUUGUAUGGAGUAAAAGGGAAUUUUAAAAGUUAUGUAAAUGUGCAUCAAGGGUCUCUGGGUUAAUUUUCUUUUGUUUUGUAGAGCAUAACAUUGUUUGAUUUUAAAUUUAAGAACUCUUCUUCCAUAUUUAUGUUGAGGUAGUCCAAGAUUUUCUGUUGAGAAAAGUUUCCUUUAGCAGUUUAGAUGUCCUCACUUCCAUGUUUUAUCGUGUGCAUUUUUCAGUAAGACGUUUGCUCUGAUCAGGGUUCUGUUGUAUGUAGAAAAGAACCAGUUUUUUCUUGUAUCUGUUCUCAUAAGCUCUGUUCUGAAUUGUGUUUUAAGUAACAUUUUUGGCACACAUCCUCCUUGCAGUGGUCCCAGCUGCCAGGUGGCUCAGAUAAUCAAUUCAUUUCAUUCCCUCUACGAUUAAAAACAGUGGUUGUAAAAA